ACGUACUUUACCUCCGACAGCUGUGCUAGGCUGCUGCUCACACUGCGCCUGCACUCAAAACUUCACUGUGGACCUAACUCCUCUCUUUACUUCUUGGUGGAGCAGAGUUCAAAUUCCUGGACAGAUCAUACAAUGAAUCUUACGAGUGCUGUCAUUUUGUGCCUCUGUAUGUUUGGGGCUGUCAGGCUGCUCUCCUUCCCCUGGCUCUGCAGCCUGUUGGCAGGGCUGGGGCUCUGCAUGUUCUGGAAGGGUUCCUGGAGGUUCCUAUAUGUCGCUCUACGCACCAUCAAAAGAGACCUAAUGUGUCUGGUUAUUAUCGUGCGAGUCAGGUUGUCCAUGUACCGUAAUCUGAAAAAUAGAAGCACCAUUCCUGCCCUGUUUGCCCAGAUGGUGACAAAGCACCCAGACAAACCUGCUUUGAUCUAUGAGGCUACAGGAGAGGUUUGGAGUUUCAGGGAGCUGCAGGAGCGAUGCCAUGCUGUGGCGCACUGGGCGCUGGCACAGGGAUGGGCCGAGGGAGAUGUAGUGGCCUUGUACAUGGAGAGCCAGCCGUUACUGGUGGCUCUAUGGUUGGGUCUGGCUAUGAUCGGCAUAGAGGCUGCGUUCAUCAACUACAACCUUCGACAGCAAUCUUUACUGCACUGUGUCAGUGUGUCCGGUGCUCGGGCUAUGGUGUUUGGGACAGAGAUGAAAGAAGCGGUGUCAGAAGUGAGCGACUCUCUGCAGCCCAACAUGGUUUUGUUCAGCAGUGGUGAGCAUGACGAUGAAGAGAAGCUCUGCAGCUUCCAGGUUCAGAGCCUGGACACCCUGUUGGACCAUUCGCCCAAACAUCCACCACGCUACACACUCAAGAAGGAAUUCAAUGAUAGGCUUUUCUACAUCUACACUUCUGGUACAACAGGAAAGCCGAAAGCAGCUGUUGUGGUGCACAGUCGGUAUUAUCGCAUUGCCUCCUUUGGUUUCCACUCCUUUGGCUUGCAUCAUGAUGACAUCAUCUACAACUGCCUUCCCCUGUAUCACUCAGCUGGUACCAUCAUGGGUGUAGGCCAGUGUUUGCUCUUUGGUUUGACUGUUGUAGUCAGGAGGAAGUUCUCUGCCAGUCGCUUCUGGGAUGACUGUGUCAAACACAACUGCACUGUAAUUCUAUACAUAGGUGAGAUUUGCCGCUACUUGUUGGCCCAGCCUGUCCGUUCAUCUGAGGCCCAUCACCGGGUUCGUCUUGCCUUUGGUAACGGCCUCCGUCCUUCUGUGUGGGAAGAGUUUGUUCGGAGAUUCAGAAUACGACAAAUUGGAGAAUUUUAUGGUGCCACUGAGUGCAACUGCAGCCUGAUCAACAUAGACGGAAAGGUGGGGGCGUGUGGCUUCAGCAGUCGUAUCCUGCCCAGCUUUUACCCCAUCAGACUGGUCAAGGUGCAGGGGGAGAAUGGAGAACUGCUCAGGGAUUCACAGGGGCUCUGUAUACCCUGUCUGCCUGGUGAGCCAGGUAUGUUAGUUGGACGCAUCAACCACACUGAUCCGCUCAGGAGAUUCGACGGCUACGCUGAUCAAGAUUCCACCAAUCAGAAAAUAGCUCACAAUGUCUUCAAGAUGGGAGACUCUGUCUACGUCUCAGGUGAUGUGCUGGUGAUGGAUGAAUAUGGCUACAUAUAUUUCAGGGACCGCAGCGGUGACACGUUUCGUUGGCGAGGGGAGAACGUUUCCACCACAGAGGUGGAGGGAGUCCUCAGUGGCCUGCUAGGACACACUGACGUGGCCAUCUAUGGAGUUUCCGUACCAGGUGUGGAGGGAAAGGCUGGUAUGGCCGCAGUAGCUCACACAGGGGGUGAGUUUGACCUCGAUGCGUUCUUGAUGGCUGUACAGAAAGCACUGCCUUCCUACGCACGCCCAGUCUUCCUCCGACUCAUGCCAUCUGUUGACACUACAGGUACCUUCAAAAUCCAGAAGGCACGGCUGCAGAGGGAAGGAUACAAGCCGCAAGACUCAAGUGAAAAGAUUUAUUUUCUGGACAGUCGUGCUGGACGUUACGAGGCGGUUACUGACGGACUAUAUAGUGCCAUCAUAAAGGGGAGAGUAUGUUUAUGAGGCUGAGACUGUUGAAGAGGAUAGUUUGUAUAUUUCAAAAGGGAAAGAGAGAGAAAGAAAGAUGUAUUUCCAGGGAUGUAGUAACAACUACUGGAAAUACUGAUGUUAAAUAUGAUUGUGUCACUGUUUUUUGUAAUUAAAUAAACUUUAUUUUUUACCAAAUUGAAUAAA